AUGAGCGCGAAUCAAUACUACCAACAGCAGGGUGGCUACCAGCAGGGUGGCUAUCAGCAGGGACCGCCUCAAGGCUAUCCUCAAUAUCCCCAACAGAGCUAUGGCGGCCCACCGCAGCAAGGCUACUACCAAGGCCCACCUCAAGGUGGCAUGCAAUAUCAACAAGGACCUCCUCAGCAAGUCGUAGUCAAGCAGAAGAAGGAUCGCGGCUGUCUCGGCGCUUGGUAUGACCCCGGUCGUGCCGUUGAUGUGCAAUACGAUUCAACUAACACUGUGAUAUAG